CGUCUUGAGUUUGAAACAAACGAAAAGCUUUAAGAAACCGGAAAUUGUUUCGGGAAUUGAGUUCCCGAUCGACCGGAAAACGACUGAUCGGUAAAAAUAAAUGAAAGAUAAGACCAAAAGCGACAAAAAAGUAGGAAAAAGAGCGGAACUGACGUGUCUUGAGAUGAGUUGUAAUAAAUGUUAGGAAAAAAUCGAUUGCUUUCGUCGCAAAUCAUGUGAUCUUUCGAUUGAUUUAACGAUUUUUGACUCAAAAUGAAGUGAAUUCGGGAUCAGAAGCAAGAAAUGACUGAAACGACGAUCCGAUGUCCGAUUGCGUGAAGAAGUAUUUUAGUCCACGACUUCUCGACUAUAUAUGUGUUGUGGGAAGUCGUCAGACGAGUGCAGACAUCCAUUCUCUGCAAUUACCGGAACUGUUGCGUCGAUAUCCGCCCGAAGACCACUCGGACUUUGCUCUGCCGCCGGACGUCGUCUUCUUUUGUCAGCCCGAAGGCUGUGUGACGUCUUCAUAUCGGAGAUUAUCUCAAAGAGACACCAAUUCCUUCGUCUUCGCGCUCACCGAAAAGGACACUUCGCGCGUGCGUUACGGGAUUUGUGUAAACUUUUACCGACCAGUGGAGCGACAGAUAUCGGAUCGAACGCAAAGAUGUCUAUCUUUGGUGUCUUUUUGUAUAAUAAGUCAUCAUCCAUUCUUCUCGUCUUUUCGGGAAUGUCUUCAUGUCUUGAGAAAAAUGGUUUUUUCAGUUCAUCACAAAAACAAACCCGAAAAACGACACAAAAGGCAAGAUUUACGACUUAAAGAUUCUUUAAGUAUUGAUUUAUUGAUUUCCGUUUCCGUCCGCAGAGAUCUCAUUUGGACACUUUUGACGACUCACGUCAGUCCCGAGACUUCGGCUACUUUCCCGUCUCAAGUGAUCCAAGACUUUCGUGAAGUCGAGCUGUGGUGCCUUCGUCUGUUAUCAGCUCCCGUUCCCGUUCCGGGCAAAACACGUCUCGAACUAGAAGUGAGUCCUCGCGAGGUUCGUCCUCCAUUGGUCAUGUCAUUGCCGGAUCACACGCGGUUUUCAUUGGUGGACUUUCCGUUGCAUUUGCCGUUGGAACUGUUGGGAGUGGACACUUGUCUCAAAGUUUUGUCCGUAAUUCUAAUGGAACACAAAUUGUUAUUACAAUCUCGUGAUUACAACGCGUUGUCGAUGUCUGUCAUGGCUUUCGUUACAAUGAUUUAUCCCUUGGAAUACAUGUUUCCCGUUAUUCCUCUUUUGCCCACUUGUAUGUCUUCAGCCGAACAGUUGUUGUUGGCGCCGACGCCGUUCAUAAUAGGAGUUCCGGCUUCGUUUCUGGCGUUCAAACGCCGAUUCCGAUUACCAGAUGACGUCUGGUUAGUCGAUUUGGACGCAAAUAAAAUCGUCAAACCGUCGGCUGUCGAGGAUAUCCCUCCUCUUCCCGAACCUGAGGCCACAGUCUUGAAAAACCAUUUGAAACAGGCGUUGGCCUCAAUGUCUUUGACGCCGCAAGUGCCGAGUCUGGAGCGCGUGUCUGAACCGCGUCCUCCGCCCACUGCACAGGGGGCGCUCCAGUUCAACCCCUUGAUUUACGGAAAUGACAUCGACUGCGUGGAUGUGGCCACCCGAGUUGCCAUGGUGCGUUUCUUCAAUUCGUCGAACAUUCUUCAGAAUUACGGCGAAUAUUCGCGGACAAUUCGGUUGUUUCCGCGGCCAGUCGUCGCUUUUCAAGUCAACGCUUUCAUGCAAUCGCGACCCAAAGCGUCGGCUUUCGUUCACCGCUUUGUCCGGACUCAAGCCGUCGAGUUUUUGGCCGAGUGGUCGUUGUGUCCUUCAAACGUGGCCUUUAUUCGCGUGCAAACUGGUGUUUUCGAUCCGACAGUUAUCGGAGAUAAACACAAAUGGUUUGGACAUCAAUUGGACGCCAUUUCUUUCAAAGUCUCCAACAAUGCAAACUUCGCCGAUCUUUUCGGUGACUUCGAGACGACGGCCGACGACUCGGAAGACGACGAAAGCGAUUCCGAUGUCUCCACUUCUUCAUCUUACGGGUCUUUAUCCGAACUCAUGGCCGACACCGAAGCCAACGACGCCAACAGUCAUUCGGCUGCCUUUCUAAACGCGAUUCGCGAGUCUUCAUGCGUUCCGACUAUCGGUGACGUCACUUCCGUUUUCCAUCCUCCGGACACUCUUCAGUUGACACAAACGCAAGAAGACAGUCCCGUCCGAACGUCCGAACGCGGAUCCGAGUCUUCAUCUCCGACUCAAAGCACGGCUUCGAACGCAUCUUCAGUCGCGUCGACCGCCGAAGACGAGUCGUUCCAAACGCGAGACUUAUAUGAUUGCAAACCCGACGAACGACUCGUUCCUCCCGUUUCUCCGAAACUCAUUCCUCAGUCGACUUCCGGUCGUUCUCCCAUCGAAUCGGACACUUCGGACACUGCGUCUCGUUCGUCAACUCCGAAAGCGUCGGAAGCUGCCGGUCGUCCGAUGUCUCCGUCGACUUCAGUGGACAGAUCGUCGGGAACGUCGACUCCGACGCUUUCGCGCGCAAUUUCCAUUUCUUCGGUGUUUUCUCGUUCUCAAUCACAACAUAGAGAUUCCGUUUCAACAAUCGGACAGUCGUUAAUCGAUAGAUUCGCUUCGGAGGCCAAAGAAGUGGCCAGAGAAGCCAAAGCCGUCGCCAAAGAAGUCGCAAAACCGGCGGCCGCGGCCGGAAAGAAACGAUUCUUAGCGAAUCUGUCGGCAAUUAGCGAACCAAUGAAGGAAUCGGCGUUUUGGAAACGCGAAGAAGUGGCCAAAGAGUCGUCUUCUUCUGCUUCGCUCAUAUCUUCCAUGUCUUCCGAUUUUAACGGUUUAGCCGAUCGAACGGCCGGAAUGUUGUCCGGAUUGUUCGGAAAUCAGACAAAACAAACACAAAACCAACGAACGGCUCAACCGUUCGGUCCGUUUCCAAAAGGACGCAAAAAUCUUGUCGAAAAAUCAUCUCUUAUUCGACAUUCGACUCAAAAUCAAAAGAAGGAGGCGCCUCCCGAUAAGUCGACCGGAUCGCACAGCGAAAACCAGGCGUUUCUCAAAGAAACCAUAACUACUGUUCUCGACGGCGAAGGAGUUGGUUGGCUCAAGUUGUCACGUGUUCGCAAACUCAUGGAAGACGAGAACUACAGGGCUCUUGUCGUCUCGAGAGUCAACAAAACUCUUGAGCGCAAAGUCGGUCCCGACGAUCACGUGGAAGACGUCCAGGUGUCGCGACCUGUUUGGAAGGGAAUGGCCAAACUCUUGUCGGCCUUGAUUUCCGGUUUAGAGAAGAGUUAUUGCGAACAAGGAUUGGGAGGAAUGGCGUCCGCUCUUCCCAUUCUCGAGAUCGCUCACACCCACUACUGGGCACGUGACACGACUCAGACGACCGACGAAUCGGUGGCCACGACUGCGACCUGUUCUCAAGGUUCGUCUCCAUUUGGUUCUUCAGAUAACUUGCACCGCGCGACUUCGCCGCCGCCAGUAGUGUUGUCUCCGAGUGCAGAUGCGGCCAUUUCUGCUGCGGUUCAAGAAAAACGUUCGCAACUGUUGACGCGUUUGCAGACGAGUUUGGAUUCGGAACAAUCGGACGAAGUUUCGCCGACCGCUCAGAAUGCUUCCGAAGCCGGGUCUCUGACAGUGAAUCCGGCGUACGGCUCGCGACUCGGCAAUAAUCGAAACACGUUUUCCGAUUCGGAAAUUGAGGGAAUGCAUUGUCAAAGAACUCGAACUCCUAGUCUCUGGUCUUCGAAAUCUUCGGUUUCUACGGGAUUUAGAUAUCAUGGCGGAGCUCUUAUCGGCGCAACAGGAGUUCCAGCUGAUGCACCAAGAGUAUACCUUUUCGAGAGUAUAAUCGGGAAAGAGAGAUCACGUCUUUGGGAUCAAAUGCAGUUCUGGGAAGACGCCUUUCUCGAUGCAGUUUCUCAGGAACGGGAUCUCGUGGGAAUGGAUCAAGGACCACAAGAAAUGAUGGACAGAUAUCGGGCUUUGAGUGAAAUGGAUCGCAAAAGACUGGAACACGAAGAAGACCGACUUUUGGCGACUUUUCUCUACAAUUUGACGGCUUUUAUGCUAAUGCUUGACAUCAAUAGAACGGAAAUUCGUCGCAAAAUAAGACGUCUUCUCGGGAAAUGUCAUGUCGGACUCGUUUAUUCGCAAGAAGUAAACGAAGUUUUGGACCAAAUCGAUAGAUUGCGUGGAAAUGACAUCGAUUUGAAACCCUUGGCUUCGCGUCAAUUACAUAGACAAACGUUUUCAGUUCACGUGGGAACCGAUGCUCAGGGAGAUAUGAUGUUUCUCGAAGUCAGAGACGACGGUCUGAUAUUGCGAUCGAUAAACGGGACAAUAGUCGAGAGAUGGUGGUUCGAACGGUUGGUUAAUAUGACUUAUUCGCCGAAAAACCGAGUUUUGUGUUUAUGGCGUCGAAAUGGCGGACAAACACAACUUCACAAGUAUUUUACGCGGAAAUGUCGGGAAUUGUAUUACGCGAUAAAAGAAGCGAUGGAACGGGCGGUGGCCAGAGGAACGGGUCCAUUGCCUGGAACAGAACUCGGAGGAGAGUUUCCGGUGCAAGACUUGCGAAGCGGUGAAGGAGGUCUUCUGCAAGUGUGUAUGGAAGGCGUGGGGCUGUUGUUCGCCAACUCUAAGUCUCUUUGUUUACGCAGUUCUUCGUUCGUCUUGAAAAUAUUCGCAAAUGUUUUACACAAAAAGGCGGAAUAUUCGUCCUUGAAGAGUUCAAUCCAAAAUCGCGACAAAUCCUUCAGCGAAGAUAUCGAUCACAAAUGGCAGAUCAGAUCUGUUACGCCGUUCUUUGUGUCUUUUCCUAUAUCGCCGCAGGACUUGAAGAACAAAGAAAACGACAAAAACAGACGACAAAUGUCGACAAAACCGAAAAAAGUCCACAAAAUUCUCGCAACAGAUAAACAGCAAUAAAAUAGAGAUUUAUUUUGAAACGAAAAACGUCUCUAAAAUGCCUUUUCCUUUGACAUGAAUUUCUCCG